AAGUACGACAAUACUUGCCGUAAGUCACAACAUGUCGAAAUCGAAUGACAUUCUCCUGAUCAUUUAAACAAUUUUGUGCAUUUCCAGUAAAAUCCCAUUUAAUUUUCCCAUUUUCUGUGCUUUUGUGUGACUCGAAAUCAAAGAAAAUCGAAUUUGAGUUGAAAGAAAAAACCCGAUUAAGCGAAACUAGUUCCAAUCGAAUGGUGAAAUUACCGAUUGAAAUGACCCCCUCGUCGAAUUCAGUUUAUGGAACAAAACAAAUCGAGAAUCAAAUCCGCAAUGAAUAACCAGAACUUAAUUUCGUAAAGUUUCUGCUAAUUGUUUACGCGUACACGAUGGAAGAGGAUGAAGAGAUUGACAUUCUCGGAACGGAAAUAUCAAAUUUAAGCUCUGGCGAAAUUUUACCAUGGGAGUACACAGUUCAUCCGCAAUGGCAUACAGAAUUCUGGCCCGAAAAUCUACCUCGACAAACGUCUCAGGACGAAAUGGAAAUGGUUCAAGACGAAGUGGUAAUAGAGGAGCCCGAACCCAUUUCGGACGAUUUCGUGUGGUGUGAGGAGUCCUCGAAUUGCGGUGAUAUCAUUCUCGAGCAAGACAUACCGUACCAAUCGGAGGUGGUCACAGCAACGGAAGACGAUGCAUCGGAAAAGAAAAUUGCAUCAAAUGUCGUGAAGCCAACGAAUCCGAGAAGCUUACUGAAAGUGAACUAUGCACCGAAUAUUGAACGUCCCGCGUCAAAGUUUAAGAAGACGUUGGUGGUGAACAAAAGCCUUCUGAAAUCCAAUUAUCGCCAGCUCAAUCUAAAACAACUGGAAACCGAGACCGAACUCUUCCGAAAACCAGAAUCGCCGAGUCCAGUUACGGUCAAUCGUAGAAGUAAAGCGCCGCCCAAAUUCAUCAAAACAAUGAAAGUGAAACGAGACGAGGUGUUCCAGAACAAGAAGAUGAAGAAACUCAGUAGGGAAUUUAGAAACCGGUCUCGGCCACACAAAACUGAUCGAAGUGGUGGUGGAAAGAGUUCAACAAGUACCGGAGGUAAGGGCAAAAGUAGCAAACGGGAAAACAAAUUUGUCAACCUGAAUGGAGAGAACAUCACCAUCAACCAUGAUGCAGAGAGCGGAAGCAGUUUAGAUCCACGUCGUAAAUCAACUACUCCGGAGUACGUCCAAAUACAGGCACAGCUGAUUGAAAAUGACUCGGAAAGCGACUUAGAAAUCGACAUUGAAUCUGAUGCUGAAGUUCCACUACCGAUAGCAUCGUUUCCAAUCAAAUCACAUCAAAUCAAAGAAGAACGAGAUGUUCCGAGUACCUCCACCGCUACAUUUACAGCUGAUAAACCGUUGGUGCAAACUGCUUGUCCGGAUGAAACUGACAUAAAAGUGGUACCAAAACGAGAGUAUCCCAGCGAAAUUGCCAGUUUGGUGGAGAGCCUGGAUAUUCCUACCAUUGAAACAAGACUGAACCUCACUGAAGUCACGGAAUUGGAAAAAUAUUUUCACGCGGAAUUCUUCGAAGGGCGACCCACAAAGACACCGGAAAGAUACCUGAAGAUUCGGGCGUUUAUCAUCAACAGUUGGCAGGAAUGUAAGCCACACUACAUUAGCAAAACAGCCGUGCGCACCGGACUGAAGCAUUGUGGUGAUGUGAAUUGCAUCAGUCGCAUCCAUUGUUUGCUGGAACAAAUCGGUGCAAUUAAUUUCGGCCAUCACGGUCAACAGUUCACCUACAUUCGACCGCUGAUCAAGCUUAUGGAAAUUUUCGCUCAGCCCAGGCAAAAUGUACGGAAGUCGGUUGACAGUUUGGCACACGAGAAGCGACAGCGCAACAAAAGUAUUAAUUCCGACCAAUCCGAGAUUGAUGCCAAUUUUACGGUCAGUCAUGACGAUGGUCGACUUGUAUUCCAUAACAACGGCCCGACAACGAGCGAUGGUGAACAGCCAAGACGCACAAGGGUCACCGUUAAGCCGGAAUUCCAUCUAAUUCAAUGCUCCCGUUUCGGCAAAGAUCGUUUCGCACCGUUCAAGGUGUCCAUAACGUUGUCGACGCUGUUGUGCAUGCAAUUACACUCGUUGUCAGCUAAACAUGAAGUGAUGGGCUUUCUUGGCGGUCAUCAGAGCAAAUCAGUCGGACGAAACAAAUUGAGUUUGACGAGAUACAAGCCGUGCCAAACGUCUGAGCAGAGCGGAACCAUGUGCGAGAUGUGUCCGGUGUCUCAGGUACAACAGUCGGACAGUUUGAUAGCAGAAGGAUACAAUCUCCUUGGCUGGUUUCAUUCCCAUCCAGCCUUUCCACCGAAUCCUUCAGUCACCGAUGUCGGCACACAAGCUGACAUGCAACUGCAAUUUUCGCUGGAAAAUGACCGUCCGUUCAUUGGGUUCAUUCUGAGCUGCAUCGACUUUAAGUACAAAUGCAUUUUUAUAUUACCAGAGGAUUUACAUACAAUUAAUGCAACCACUGUGCCGUACGAAUUGGAUGUUGAGCUGAUCAAGGAUUGUUCAAAUUUUAAGAAUGAAAUUCGUGAAGUGCUCGACGUAAUCGAUAGGGAAGGUGAUGCGUAUCCGGUCAUGAUGGAAAAGUUUGCCAAAUCGGCCAAUGCACUGCUGCAACGAUUCGGAUAUGGAAACGAUAUUCUGUCGUAUUUGAACAAUGUACUGUAUUGAGUCACUCCAGAUCCAUGGUGCCCCGCCGAGUAUACCCGCCCGGAAUGUGUUAUUUAUUUGUAAAUAUAAAAUAGAUUUUUAAGAUUAUUUUGUACUGCGAAAAUGAAUUUUACUUUCCCAAUUAAAUAAAUGACAAAUUCCGUUACAAUGUCUACACUA